AUGUUUACACCUGAGACAGACCUUAAUGAUACAGAGAAACUGACAUGGGACGCUAAACAUAUACCCCUCAGCGUGAGUGUCUGUUCCAACGUUCCAGACUACGACCAACCCAAGUGCUUUGUGUCAGAUGGGAACUCUAAACAGCUCGUCAAAGAGAUGUUAGAACACCUCGUAAAAAUAAGUGAAAAGAGUUAUGACCUGUUAAGAAAAGAGUUUAACUUUCUUUUUGAAGCCAUCGACCAAAAGCUGCAAGACCUACAGCAAAAAUCAAAAGCUGGUGACCCUUCAAAAACUAACACAGUAGAAAACCUCACCCAGGAAGAUAGCGAUGAUGAAGGAGAAGAUCUCAUGGACACAGAUAAUGAAGAGGAAGAAGAAAUGGAGUCUGAAACCGAAGAAGAUCGUGUCUUUAUUGACGAUGACGUAGAAAAACAAGGUGCCUCGUUUUACAGGGCCUUAGAUCGCGAACACGAGGAUCAGAGUGAGAAUGAUCACGAGUGUGAAUAUGACAGACCCGAGGACAACAGCCCAGAACCUGAGAAGAAAAAAGUGCAUCCUUCAAAGAAACUGAGAGAUCGUUUCCAAGAAUAUCUACAAGAACUUCCUGUCCUGGGCUUCAAUUCUGGCAAAUAUGACUUGAAUGCCGUCAAAGAAUUUCUGUUUCCUGUCCUGGUCCAGAAUGAAGGCGUUCAGUUUACUAUCAAGCGUAACCACAAUUUCAUGUGCCUAAAGACCCCACAUCUUCGCUUCCUCGACGUCACCAACUUUCUUGCUCCCGGUUUCAGCUACGACAAGUUUCUGAAGGCCUACGAGUGUCCUCAAACCAAGGGGUUCUUUCCUUAUCAAUGGCUGGAUUCUCUUGAGAAAUUAGAACACCCCUCCCUUCCACCUCACGAAGCGUUCUUUUCUACGUUAAAAAACAAGAACAUUUCUGACUAA